UUCAUUCGACAAAACUACAGUUUACAAUAAAUAAAAAACAGUGAAAUUAUUCAAGAAAAUUUAACGCUACCUCCAGUAAUAUGAGUUUAAAAAAAGAAGAUUUGGUGAAGGCUUAUAACCUAAUAUUAAAGUGUCAAUACGAUAAACCUUUAUAUUUGAAUGUUGGAAUGGACGAUGAAAUGAAACAGAUUUUACAGACAUCCAAGAAGAUAGAAAACGCUUCGAAAAAAGAAGGAUUAAGAGAAGGCAUUUCAGCAGGACGUGAUAGCAAUUUUCAAGAAAGUUUUGAUAGAGGCUUUGAAGAAGGCUUUAGAAACGGGUUUCUAUUGGGAAAAUGCAAAGGAAUCUUAAUAGCAGAAUCAAAACUUAUGACAUCAGAUGAAAAAACACAUGCUUUAUUAGAAAAUAUAAGCCUAGGCUCUUGCGAAAUCUGCAAAAAUCAAGAUUCUUUGAUAGAUGAAGAAAAUAUUGAUAACCUCACAGAAAUACAGAUUAAAUCUUUCAACAAAAAUGUUCAAACUUUGAUUUCUAAUUUUGGAGAAAAUAUACUGAGUGAUAUAACAAAAUAAGUAAUUUGGAAAUAAAGAAAACACUAGAUGUUUA